AUGUCUUUCGCUGUCUGGCAGUACCACUGCGACGGCUUCUGGCAAAGCUACGAUCAGCCUACAAGUGACCAAAUUGAAGCUGCGCGCCAAGCAAAUGUAGACACAGUCGAGCUCACUGAGGGCAUCUAUAGAGCACCACAGUUCGACUAUACCAUCUAUGAAGUCAUGCCUUUCAUAAUGCUUCAGAGAAACAAGGAGACGGGCACCUGCCGCCCCGUUCGACGCCUUCAGGCAACAAUAGACGGUCUCGGCGCUGGUCCAAAAGACUGCCAUGCACAAGCUGCAAGUACCACUGACCCGCUAAGAGAGCUUUUUGAACCAUUCAAAAGUGAUGCGCUGUCGGCAGAUGCACAAUGCAACAUUUGCAUCUCUGGCUUCGACGACGAGGAGGCAGCAGCCAUCAAGCUGCCCAAAUGUCAGGGCCACUGGUAUCAUGCUGAUUGUAUUGAAACAUGGCUGCGUGAGAAGCAACAGUGUCCUUAUUGCAAGCAAAUUUACGGAGUACUGAGAGGAAGCUGCCCUGACGGACACUUUGAGAUUCGUCAUUUGAAGAAGAAGCUGCCAGGAUACAAUGCAAAGCGUACGGCAGGUACGGUACCGUCUGCUGCUGCCCUCACAAACGCAUUGCAAUCGCGCAGUGCCGCGAUGGAUGACGACACGACCAUGAGCCAAACAGGUACAAGCGGCAGCGACGCUAGCGAUACAACAGGCUCGUACCCUUCAUCUGCAUCAUCCUCUGUGCCUGUAUCACCUUCCAAAGGAAGCAAGGCAGAAUAUUCAUCUGGGACAUGGAUGCUAUCGUGGACUAUCCCAAGCGGUAUUCAGUCUUCUGGUCAUCAAAAUCCAGGCAAAUUUUUCUCUGGCACUUAUCGGCAAGCCUAUCUGCCAGACACGCCCGCCUUUCGCGACAUCCUCAAGAUGUUUCAAAUAGCCUGGCAACGCAAGCUCAUGUUCACUGUGGGCCGCUCUUUGACCCGUGAGGUGGACAAUGUGGUCAUUUGGGCAGGCAUUCAUUGCCGCACGGAAUGGCAUAACCAUGGUGGAUUCGGUUGGCCUUGCGAGAGCUAUGCUCAGACUGUCACGGACGAGUUCAGGCAUGUUGGCAUCACCCCCGAUCAAGAAUUGUAA